AUGGGCACGUUGAAAUUUAAAUGGGGGCGGUGGAACAGGGCGAAGCGCUGUGAGAAAUGUCACAACUCCCUUUUUUUUGUUUCUUGUUUUUCUUCCGUGUGUAUUCUCUUGUGCGUGUCUUUCUUGGAUGGGGCGAAAGGGAGGGGGGUGGGAGUGGAUAAAUAUAGUUUUAGGAUGCUACGCGCGACCUGCAGGACUCUUGGUGGUCAGCGGCGCUGGUGGAAAGAGGGUCGACCGGACUUUCUGCGCGCAAAUGAGCGGCGAAUGCGUCUGGAGCGACGCCGCAUCGAUGCGAGUCGCUAUUACGCCCCGGUAGAGCCCACACCGCAGCAGGCAUGCACGCUCUACAGGCAGCUGCUGAAGGCCGGGCACGCCCAGCUCCGCGUGACGGACAAGGCGUACUACGUCAGAAAGCUGCGUCGUGAGUUUGAGGUGACAGCGCGACAAACGAGUGCCAGGGUGCGGGGCAUUAUGUACGAGAGGGGUCAAUGGAUGCUGUUGAACAAAUUGGGUGGUAUUGUGUGA